UAGAACAGAUUGGAUGCAAAACUUAAUGACGAUGAACCUCAAUGAAUGGCGACGGAGCAGUCCGAGGGAUGUUUAAACACAGUAUCCAAAGGGUUCCUUUCCGUUACACGUAGCACUGCAGAUAUCAAGACUACCGCACUGUGGAAGCAGUGAGGAAAUUUCCGAAGCUAUUCGAUGUGCUGCUCUCAGGCUUUCGCACUUAUGCUCCAUUAAUCGGUAAAUCAUUUCGAUAGUUGAUAACGCGUGGAAGCAACUCGUAGGUGGUCCGACAAGGUUGAGUUAAGUACUGCGCUGAGAAACACAGCAAUUACUUCGUGUUCAAUUUCGGUGAGACCCUUGCGAUUGCUUGAAAUUGUAAGGCAAGAGGUUUAACAAUGAUGCGCUUAAUCUACAUUGUUGUUGUGGAGAGGAAGGAUUCCUCAGAAUGGAGGCUAAUUACCAUGUUUAAUGUGUGCAAUGUCUCGUAAUUUCUAGAGAACCGCGAAUGAUCAUGGAAUGAAUGUUUUAGGAUACUGGGUAGUUUGCGGCACUUGGGAGUUCAGAUAGGUGGGUUUUGGGAGGGAUUGUGUGGAGAUGUUAUUGACCUCAUUCGGUCCAGAACUUGGACAUUUGAGCAAGAGAGUGCGGUUUUUAGGAUUUUGACCAAGAUAGAGAGAAUCUCGGAGAUAGCUGCAAGGAAAUCGCCAUCGCUAUGAAUAAGCGUCAGAGAACCGAGGCUGAGGAAGACUAUGUUAAUACGAGGAGUCAGAUUCAAAAACUUGAGAAAGACAGCGCUGCAAAAGACGUCCGGAUUGUAGAACUCGAGAACAAGUCGAAAUUUCCCGAACAACGGAACUCGAAUAACUUCUCAGGCGGGCAGUCCUUCUUGGACACGGGACCUACUCCGACUCUUCUUUAUAAAGCCUUGGAGAGAGUGAAUACGACAUCCAGCAACUUCACCAAGCUUUUGAUGUUGGCCUUGUCGAACGAUGGUGUGCCUUGCUCCACAGUGGCCAAAACCCUGAAGCCGUCUGUGCUCUUUGAAAGAGACGCCCACACCAAGUUCGUAUAUCAAGCUCUCGUUUGUAAGGUCUUGUUUGCAGACUUUGAGAGCGAAUGUUUCAACAUCGAGGACAACGCACUUGGGAUCCUUGACCCUGAGCAGUCUCGGGAAGAUAAUUUUCAGCGUUACAAGGAUAUUGUGGAUUUACAAAACCCAGAAGAACUUGUAUAUGAGGACGCAACCAACAAUGAAUUCCGAAGGUUUUGCAUCAAGAAGCGAGAGGAUCUUAUUACUGCCAUCUCCCACACUGAGGCUCGUGGUGCUCGUAACUUAGGAGCUUUGCUGUUCGGCCAAGUCUUUGCAGCUGAUGGGAUGCGAAGACGAUUAGCAUCCAGUAAUGAACCGGAGUUCAAAAUGACUUCGAGCUUUGUCAGAUUUGCGUUGUCUGUAUUCAUCGUACACAAGCUCGCAUUUUCAUUGCAUCCCAAUGCUCGGAUUUUCCGUGUACAAGACGGGAAGAUGUUCGAUUCGCAAUACAUGGAGCCUGUCGUCCCGCAUGCAGACGCGAUUCUGCUGAUACUUCACUGGAUUGUUGAACGAUGAAUUGGGGCAUUGAUAUGCUUGAAGCAACCAGCAUUGGAUACUUCUCAAUUGGUACAGUUUGCCAGUGGAAAUGGCAUCAGAAGGGAUACCCUAAACAGCACAGUAUGAACUAUGUGAUGUGGCAAGGAAGAACAAGAUAACAUUCUGAACAGGUAGAAUUCAUCAACUUCCAAUGUAGUCUUGUGACAGCUGCAACUGAUGGCAUGCCACAAACAUCAUGCCUUCACACAGCUUUCUCUACAUAAUACACCAAAACAUGAUAGUCCAGCUAGGGUUCAGCUAGAGUGUAGGGUUCAAUUGUGACAUGUUGGAUUUUCACUUUAAUUUAUGCAUUUUUGCUUGGCUCA